GAAUAAACCGCCGAGAGAGAAGGUUAAGUUUGCGUUCUCGCUGGUCCGAAGGAGUAAGGAGGAACGAUAGAUCGGGAAGAGAGACAGCUGUACGGUGGUAGGCAACGAGAGAGAUGAGAAACCGAUAGAACGGUAGUAACCGUCCGCGAGAAGACAAAGGACGCGAGAUACACCGGGAUCAGUGAUAGAGUGAGAACGGGAUCGACGAGGAAAGGAGGAGGAUAAAGGAAACGUGGGAGAAGAUCGGGGAACUGGUGAAGAGGGGGAACGUGUGAGACGUGAGAGAACAACCGGACAGAUUGGCAGACGGACCUGUCCGACUCGCAACUCGCGAAUCUCGUGGCUGCUGCGUUUCAGCUGCUCAGCUAUCCUGUCGUCUGUCCAUUGAGGCACGUCGUUCGAGCACUAAAGCCGCGCGACAUAGAGAACAGUAGAUUCGGUUCAGUGUAGAGGAAAAGAGAAAGAAAAAGACGUACUACAUAGCACAUAUACAUUCGUAUACACGCGUAUUAUACAAAUUGUAUAUGUACACAUAGAGGCAGAGAGAGAAAGAGAGAUAGAGAUAGAGAUAGAUAGCGAGAGUGAGCGAGAGAGAGAGGAACGGUAGAAAGAAAAGAGAGUAAGAGCGAAGCGGGCGCCGUUACGAUAAAAGAAGUUUUUUCGAAGCGCGUAUUUGGGAGCGUUCAAUGGUCGAAGCAGCUAUGCGCCACGCCGUUGUAGGGCUCUUAGCUAGCUAGUUCUGACUACGGGAGGUCUCGGGCCGCAGUUACGACCUCGAGAACGAGCGGGUUCGCCUCGCGAAGAUGACCAUAAUAGUCUUUUUGAUCGACACGUCGGCCUCCAUGAAUCAGAGGGCAUAUUUGGGCGGGCGACCCACGCUUUUGGACGUAGCCAAGAGCGCCGUGGAGACUUUCGUAAAGGUAAGGCAAAGAUCGCCAGAAAGCCGCGGAGAUCGUUACAUGCUCCUGACCUUCGAAGAUCCGCCCCAGAAUAUCAAGGCCGGAUGGAAAGAGAACUUGGCUACUUUUAUGAAUGAGCUUAAGAACUUGCAAUGCGUCGGAUUGACAACAUUGGGUGCUGCUCUGAAGCAUGCUUUAGACGUUUUAAAUAUAAAUCGUAUGCAGACUGGCAUAGAUACGUAUGGACAGGGAAGAUGUCCAUUUUAUUUAGAACCAUCGGUAAUUGUCGUAAUUACUGAUGGUGGAAAAUAUACAACUAACAGUGGAGUUAAUCAGGAUUUCACGUUGCCAAUGCAUUCUCCUAUACCUGGAUCCGAGCUAACGAAAGAACCAUUUAGAUGGGACCAAAGACUAUUCUCUUUGGUGCUUCGAUUAUCUGGAACUCCAGCUGUUGAGAGAGAUACAGGUUUAGUGGCGAGCGAUUCCUCUCCUAUAGACGCCAUGUGCGAAGUUACCGGAGGCCGUUCGUAUUGUAUAACGUCGUUCAGGAUGAUGAUGCAGUGUAUAGACUCUUUGGUACAAAAAGUUCAGUCGGGCGUGGUGAUCAAUUUCGAGAAGAUCGGUCCGGAUCCUCCACCGUUAAACAACGAAGCGCAACACACCGAGGACGAUGAAAAUGAAGUCGAUUCGAAUGCAGCGAACGGAGCGCGAAUGUAUCCACCGAAUCCAACGAUGCCAGGAAACACAGCAUGGCAUUCAUGCAGAAGACUGAUAUACGUUCCAAGAUCCGCGCAGAAAGGUUUCGCGGUCGGAUUCUGGCCGAUUCCCGAGAGCUUUUGGCCCGAUUUAAGCGCCAGUUCAUUGCCGCCUAGAUCGGCGCAUCCGAACGUAAAGUUCACUUGUACCAGCCAAGAGCCUUUGGUGAUCGAGAACCUUCCGUUCGAUAAAUACGAACUGGAACCUAGCCCGUUGACGCAGUACAUACUGGCGAGAAAACAACCGACGAUCUGUUGGCAAGUUUUCGUCGCCAACUCGUACAAAUCGAGCGACGUUGGUCAUCCUUUCGGAUACCUGAAAGCGAGCACCAAUUUAACGUGCGUCAAUCUUUUUGUGAUGCCCUACAAUUAUCCGGUGCUUCUUCCCUUGCUGGAAGAGUUGUUCAAAGUUCAUAGAUUGAAACCGACGAACGAGUGGCGAACUCAGUUUCAGAACUACAUGAGGACGAUGCCCACGUACUACGCGGCGUCCCUUAGGAGAGCUUUAACUAGGAUGGGUGCACCUGCGCCAUUAGCACAAACGUUGAUACCUGAUAACAUGGAUAAUUCGCUGUCUUACAGUGUCUUAAAUUAUUUGAAGCGGUUGAAGAAUCAAGCUAAGAUCGAAUUCGAUAGACUUUGUAACGAGGUUCUUUCCAAGCAGCUUGCUACUGCGAACAUGACAAAGAAUCUAGCAAAUGGUAGUACAACGGUGACUGAGGGAGUGAAAGUUGUUUCUAGAACUCCUUUAAAGAAAGAUUUGGUCUCGCACCCUUUAUUACAAGACAAAUUCACCGGAUUAAGGGAUCAAUUAAACGAGUUCGGUGGCUUCGUAGUCGGAUUAGUUCGGAAUCAACAACGCAGCGCGCACAGUUAUAGAAAUGCGUUCGACGUUCCCCGGAAAUCCCUUUUAGAUCAAGUAGUUCGAAUGCGUGCCAAUUUCCUGCAACCAGGACUAUUGCAUACAAAAUUGCUCGAUGACGAUUACGUCCACUCGAUGCCCUUAGCACAAAUGGGGAACUAUCAAGAGUAUUUGAAACGCAUGACUCCACCAUUGAGAGAAAUAGAGAGUGCUCCAGUUAGACAACAUAUGUUUGGUAAUCCAUUCAAGAUAGAUAAGAGGAUGAUGGUCGACGAAGCGGACAUCGAUAUGGUUGGCGCAACGUCUUCAGCUUCCAAGAGUGGUCUCAAGCGUACGUUGCCUGCGUCGGACGGAGGAGGGUCACUUGCGUCGAAACCUCCGCCAAAUAAACGGAAACCCGGCCCGAUUCCUAAGGACGUAGUCAUACGGAGACCAUCCUAUACACCACCGAACUCUCCACCAAGUUCUCCGGUACCAUGGAUCGACGAUACGAAGAAUCAAGUGAUUCCUACUGCCGAUACGAGUCAAGUUCCAUCGAACACGAAUCCCACGCCGAGUGCGUCAAAUGCGCCUUCCGUCAAUUCGCCUGAGAAACUGGUAAACGGGCUUGCGGAGAUGCCGACGAUACCGGUCUUCGAACCGAUCUCCGUGGAACACACGAACAAUCACAUGGAUGCCAACCCGCCAACUUUGACACCGGUAGUUAACAACGUUGACGCACCUAAGAUCGAAGUGAAGACUGAGAACGUCAAGACGGAGAACGUUAAGAACGACUGCAACAGACUACCUCCGAACGAGUGUUUCGAUAAUAGUGUGAAAGUUGAGAAUUCGAUCGACGAACGAUUGUCGAACCACGUCGAGGAGAAACGCGACUCGAAGAUAGAGAAAGAGAAGGUUCUGACGAAGAAGGAAUUGGAAGAUAUUAGGAGACAUAACUUGUCCGUGAGGGAGCUUGUAUAUAAAGAAGUACGAAGAAGAGGUACAAAUUAUGCGACACUAUUUUCACACUUACACCAAAUUCAAGGGACUCUAGAUAUACGACUUGCGUUUUUGCGAGAUAUCGUGAAAGAAUCAUUACGGUUCAAAAGACGUAAUUUGGCAUCGUUAUUAGAAGAAUACUUGAAAACUGUACAGGAGGAUACCUGGACUGUGAACCACAAGGUGAAUCACAAUGGUGCCACGAAAAUAAGUUAAAAAUCGGUCGUAUCAUUAUUCCGAUAAGAAAUUAUUGGACGAUGCGGAAGCAAAGCGUACGAAUGUGGAUAAUAAGUAUCAGAAAGCUAAAAGCAAGUCGUACAUCUGUAAAGAGAUAAACGUUUUAGCGUUUAAGGAUGUAUGUUGUCAAAGCUCGUGAAGUGAUAAUUGUUAAAUCUAAUAACGAAACGAAAUAGCAUUCUGUCAACCAGGGAGAUAGGUUUUCAGAUUCAGUUUUAAUUUGUUUUUAGGAAAGGGUCGCUUCGCUUUGUUAAUGUACAGUUGGUAGAAAUACGUAUUGCGUCUUUUUUGCGGAUUUUCUGAAAGCGUGUAUUCGGACAAUAAAGUUUCCUCUUAAUAGCGUCAACUCUUACGAAUCAUGAGUUUCGACACAUAGAUAAUUUUGUUUUCUAUUCGUUUAUUAAGUAUUCAAAAACAUUUUAAUUAAGAUGUCCAAUCAUUCGUUAUUAGUUAUCAACGUGCUAUAUAAAAUGUAAUCAUUUCCAUUUAUUACGUUUGAUAUUAUUAAUAACAGUAUGCCUUUUGGCACAUCUUAUAAUAUUUCUUUUUUUUAUCAGACAGAGGAUUUAUCGUGUGUAAAAGUCUUGAAUGCAGGCAUUUGAGACGCUUACACGUCUGUAAUUCCUAAAUCCUUGUACUUUUUAAAUAAAUCAAUAACGUUGUGAAAACAGUUAUAUGGUCAUUCGAGCAUCAUAAUUCUACCAGCUGCGCAAUAGGGAUUAUUUGACAAAUUGGAAUAGAAAUAUUUACGUAUUUCUUUGAUUGUGUCUCUUCCGUUACUAUUGUUCUAGCGUACAGUAUUGUGAUCUUAGAUUAUAAAUACAGAAAUUGAUCGACGUAUCUACAUGUAAUAUACUCUGUAAAUUUCGUUGUGUAUAUUGUGAAUAUUAUAAAUUGAAAUUUGAGUCAUUUCUCUGAACAAACUGAAAGACGCUUAUAGGCGAGUUUAGAAAUUGAAUACAUAUCUUUUGUUUAAGGAAAGAUUGUAAAGGAAAAAUUACAUUUUAUAAGUAGGAGAUACUAUAUUAUAUUUUAUCGUGUAAUCUUUCAAAUUAAAAUACUUUCAAAGUGGACGUUGUUCAACACCGUCGUGAAUCUUAUUUUCUUCAAAUUAAGUAUACGCGGCAAUGGUUUUUUAAUACAUGAAAAAUAUUGUAAAAAGAAGAAAUAAUUAAAACAUUUUCCAGUGAAGGGUUGACAGUGCCUAAUGCUAUUAAGGAUCAGCGUAAAAUGAAACUGUAUUUAUUUUUUAACCCGCCACGUUUGUUCCAGUGUAACACGAAUUACAAGACGACAAUAUAUUGAAUUUGACUUGAAAUUAAAAUUUCGAAUUCGAAAAGCCACAGAAAACAAUGCGUAACGUGUGCAUACACAAAGAUUUGUUGUUCCACGAUGAGUAAAAAGUGGGUAACGAGUGGGUUGAAAGAUAUACAGCUAUAGGGAUGAUUUAUAUAAGUAAUAAAUGAUGUACAAAUCACUUGUUACUAUCUAUAAGAGGUGACAAUGAUUUCAUCGAUUAUUACACAGAUUGUCCUGAACUGAGCAGGAGGAUUAUCUUACCUAUUCAUCAGACAAAUAAAUCAUGAACAUUCGUACUAGAAACAUGUCCCCUACAAGAAUCCAUCUAUUCUCUGCUCACUUUGUCAUUCGUCAAUGUAAAACAUAAAGGAAGAUCAUGCUAACUGAUGGCAACAUAUCAUCCGUAUCAAUUAAUAGAAUUUAAAUAUAAAGGGGCAUUCUUUUUAUUCUCUCCCAAGAGCAUUUUUAUAUGAACGUUACAAUUGCUGCCCUUUUAUAUUUAAACACGACGAUGUGAGUAAGAUAAUCGACCUGAGACUUUCUGCAGGACAUUAAAUAUCUAUAUUCUACUCUUUAUAAAUCUAGUAGUAAAAUUGUAUAUCGGAUAUUAUUUAUUAAUUAACAUCGUUAAACGUUUAAUAAAUUAUUUUAUAAUAACGGAGCUUAGCUGAGUCUCGACGACGAUGAUGCUAGACGCUUAUUGGCUCCAAAGAAAAGUUAAUUAAAGAAGUUAAAUAAGUAUGACACAAAGUGCGAUUCUAUAACAGAAAUAAUAGAUAAAUAAAGUGAACGAAAUUAUAAUGAAAUAAUAAGUAACGCAGUUGUGAAAUUUUUGUUAUCAAAAAUGUAAUUGAACCAGAUGAAUUUUUCAAGAUAAUUAUAGAACCUGCCUAAAUACUGGAAGAACACUGUAUGCUAUUUUCAUUAAGCCUUUUGUACGUUUAUAAACGAAUGCUUGUUUGUAAUUGUUUUAUGAAUCGAAUAAUGUAAAAAUCAUUUAAGUACGAAAACUGUACAAAUUUAUUAUUUUUGCACGUUAAGAAGAAGCCUGAACUUUAUAUUUUUAACUGAAACAUCAGGGGAAUAAUAGUGUUUUACCAUGUUUUUGUGCCCUGCAGUCUAUUAAAAUGAUUUUACUUUUUCCAUGAA